CUGCAACCUCGACUUGCUCUUGCCGCCGGUCGACGUCGGCGUUUUCUUCUGCUACGAUAACAAGCAUAACAUGGGAUUGUCGUAUGGGCAUAUGGUUGGCAUUCUCAAGAAGGCUUUGGCCCAGACGCUGGUUUCAUACUAUGCAUUUGCGGGCCGCCUAGUUAAGAACGCGGCCGGUGAGCCGGAGCUCCUCUGCAACAACUGCGGCGUAGAUUUCGUUGAAGCUUUUGCCGACGUCGAGCUGAAGGAUAUCAAUUUGUAUAAUCCUGAUGAAAGUGUUGAAGGCAAGCUGGUUCCGGAAAGAAAGCGCGGCGUCCUUGCCGUUCAGGCCACCCAACUUAAAUGUGGGGGAUUGGUGGUGGCAUGCACAUUCGCUCAUCUGGUGGCCGACGCCUACUCCGCCAAUAUGUUUCUCGUUUCCUGGGCGGAGAUGGCGCAGUUCAAGCCAGUAUCUCAGCCUCCGUCCUUCCGCCGCUCACUCCUCCUCCCCCGACGGCCCGGUCGCUAUGAGCUUUCGGUUGAGAACAUGUACGUUCCCAUGUCUGCUAUUCCUCCUCCGGAGGAUGAGCCCGAAGACGCCCAACCAGCAGCCGUAAUUAGUCGCAUAUAUUACAUCAAGGCUGACGUUGUCAACGAGCUCCAAGCACUGGCCAAUUUAGAUAAGAACAAUACUAGCAAAGGGAACAAGAGGACUAAGCUGGAGUCAUUCUGCGGAUUCCUCUGGAAAAUGAUUGUUUCCGGGAAUGAUUCUGCUGGCGAUAAUUGCUGCAGGCUGGGGAUUGUGGUUGACGGAAGGAGUAGAUUGAUUGAUGGAGAUGAAAGUGAAGCAAAACUGAUGGCUUCAUAUUUUGGGAACGUUUUGUCUAUCCCAUUCGGGGAGAAGAAAAUUGAGGAAUUGAAGGAAAAACCAUUGAAUUGGGUAGCAAAUGAAGUCCACGAGUUCUUGCAGAGUGCGAUGACUAAAGAGCAUUUUCUUGGGUUGAUUGAUUGGGUGGAGGAGCACCGCCCUGAGGUAGGCCUGUCGAAGAUAUAUGCUGCCAAGGUGACAAAGGAGGAGCCAGCCGUUGUGGUGUCAUCGGGGCAGUGUUUUCCGGUCAGAAAGAUGGAUUUCGGAUGGGGGAUUCCAGUGUUUGGUUCUUACCAUUUCCCAUGGGGAGGAAAAUCAGGAUACGUCAUGCCUAUGCCUAGUCCUAAGGGAAAUGGGGAUUGGAUCGUUUACAUGCAUCUAUUGAAAGGGCAGUUGGAGUUGAUAGAGACAAAUGCAGCUCAUGUGUUCAGUCCCCUCACUUGUGAUUAUCUUUUUUCCCUCACCUGAAGUUGCUUUGUAAUUAUCUCCAGCCUGGAAAACUUCUAGUUUGAAUAAUUAUAUAACGAGCAUUACUUAA